AUGCCAAGCACACUGGAGAGUCUUCUUAAAUCGUAUAAAGAGCUAGAAAUUGCCAAAAGCAAAUACGAAAAGGGGCUGAUUAAAGAAAAGAUUAGAGAGUUGGAGGCAUCUUUAAAAAUAAACCCAAUACCUGCAGUAAGCAAGGAGGUUCAAGUGAGCAGAAUACUUACAAUGGAGAACACACAGAAAAGAAUAGACAAAGUACUGAGACUGGAGAAUGUAGACAAAAAGGAGUUAAACAUAGAAGAAGAAUAUGACACUGCCCGUAUAGCAAAUAUUACUGAAUGCACACUGCAUUUAAGAACUGCGCACUCUACGCACAUAUCCCAGACAAGAAAUUCAAUACUAUAUAUAAUGGCACAGCAGAUAAGAUUGUAUGGAUGUGCAGACUUAAUCAUAUAUGCAUACACAGCAACAGGAGUGUUCAUUGAAGAUUCUGUAAACAUUCAGGUGCUGGAGUACUUACCAGAUACUCUGCCUCCGUAUAAGAAUAACUUAAGCAUGCAUGACUUUAAUACAGUGAAUACAAUUUAGAAGAAACAUUCUCUAUGCGCGCACUGCAUAAUUAAACAUAAAUACAGCUGGAUUCCACAAU